ACCGUCAAUUAGCUUUGCAUAGCAACGGGAACACCUGAAGAACGAGAGAUCCAGCGAUAAUACUGUCUUAAAUUUUGUCAUAUUAUCACAUAUCAACUCACAAAAUGUCUGAUCUAGGCUCAGAUUAUGAUGAAGAAGAGCAUGGCCCAUAUUUAGGAGAAUAUGAAGGAGAAAGGAAUGCCAAAGAGGAGCGUCAUGGCAAAGGGAAAGCAACGCUGCCAAAUGGUGACAUGUACGAUGGGUCGUAUGAGCAUGGAAAACGCCAUGGAGGGGGUGUGUACAAAUUCAAGAAUGGAGCAAGAUAUAUUGGUGACUACAAACAGAACAAGAAACAUGGUUCAGGGAAGUUCAUCUAUCCCGAUGGCUCAAUAUAUGAAGGGAGCUGGGUUGACGACCAGAGACACGGCUACGGAGUCUACACUUACCCUAACGGUGACAUGUACGAGGGUGAAUGGCAGAGCCACUUGAGGCACGGGCAGGGCGUCUACACCUACAAGGACACAGGUUCAAAAUACGUGGGGUCAUGGGUCAGCGGCAAGAGGGAAGGGGCCGGUGAACUCAUCCACGCCAACCACAGAUACCAGGGAAUGUGGGUGGCUGAUCAGCCCCAAGGCAAGGGCAAGUACGUCUUCGACAUCGGCUGCGAGCAGCACGGCCAGUACGUCCCCGUCGAGCAACCCCUGAGUGGAGACCAAGAAGAAGAGGAGGCCCAGACCGUCACAGUACCCAAGUGGAGGGCGGGGGCCAUCCAGGCCGUCAGCCAGUACAACCCCGCCGAGGAAGCCAUAGCUGCCCAGCAGCAGGCUGAGGAAGGGGAGCAGGCUGAGGGGGAGGAAGGAGCAGAAGGAGCCGAGGGAGAUGAAGCAGCCGGGGAGGGAGCAGAGCCAGCGGCGGAAGGAGGAGAAGGAGAGCAAGCAGCAGAAGGUGACGGAGCUGCACCGGCAGCAGAGGGAGAAGGAGAUGCUGCUCCUGCUGCCGAGGGAGACGGGGAGACACAGGAGCAGACGGAGGAGCCAGCAGAAGGAGGGGAGGAGCAAGCGCCCGUAUCACCCGUUGCCGAGGAAACGGAAGAGGCUGAAUAGAAUCCUCACUCGAUCACUCCUGCUAAGGAACUGAAAAAGGACACAUUUUAUAAACAUUGUUUUUCAAUAGUGGAAACAUGCCUUCAGAGCCACAAAGUUACCACUGCGUCUUGUUUCAACAAAAGUGGUUGCCGUGGUUACCAGUUAUCCUCCAUAGUGAUCGCAUCAUCACCCCUCACAAGGAAUUCACACUUGGCAAUGGACCGUGCCCAUUUUACUUUGUGCAUUAAUGUUUUAUUAUGUCAACACACAAUGACAUUUUUCAUUUGUUUUACUGUUAAUAAUAAAAAUUGUUGUUUAACUCUUAUUUCUACCCCUGUCUUGAGACUUGUUUGGCAAAAAGAAUGAAAACAAGAUGAUAUGAUUUCUAGUUACCAUGGUUAGGAUUGCAACAUUUUUAAUCAAAGAAAGAUACCACAAGCUUUAUUGUAAUUCUAUUUUCUUGCUUUAUUCAUAUGUCAUAUUUGUUUUGGAAUCAGGAUCACUCUUUUGAACUCUCUUACAUCAAGAUACUGAAUUAAAACUCGUAAGUAAUUGAAAAUAAAGCAUUUCCAGCAUUUAGAUGAAUGUCAUUUUAUCCUAACUUUGUGAAGCACAGUUAUGAAUGUCAAACCCUUCAAAGACUGGACAAAGAAUUCCCUUGUAUAUUUAUUGUUUUCCACCAUUACAUGUUAUUGGGUAUAAAUUCUGUAAAUAAAAAUUACAUUUUAAGUCAUUAA